AUGCACAAAACCACAACAAACAUGCAGCAGACAACGGAUCUUGACUUUGAUUUCCAGAUGCCGUGUCGCUAUUUCAAAAGUUCUUUUGCGCGUUCGCUUUCGCUCAACAACAACAACAACAAUGCCUUGACAUUGCCCAAGAAGCCGCCAACAAACGAGGCCAAACUACAACAACAACAACAACAGCAGCAGCAGCCGCUGGAGAAUCAGGAAUCGCUAGAGAGAGACAGCGAACAGGAUUCCCCCUGCGCCACCCCGCCCCCCGCUCUGCCAGCACGACGUCACACCGCCAACAUGAUACACUUCGGCGCCGCUAAUCAGCUGCUCAACGCCCAGCCGCCCCAUCCCCCGCAGCAUCCACAACCACCGGCACAAUCCGCCAGGAAUCUCAAUCUCGUCUGGCCAAUUCAAGCGACACAUCAGCCAGCACAGCAGCAGGAUGCCAACAUCUUGGCCGCACCCAGCCACCACAUCCAGAGCCACAUUUAUGACUUGCCACAGCAAAUGCAGCCACAUCAGCACCACCAUCACCACCACCAGCAGCAACAACAACAACAACAACAGCAGCAACAACAACAACAACAACAGCAGCAACAACAACAUCAACUAAAUGUCGAGGCUGUCAUAUUGCAGAAUCAGGUGGAUACAUUGCAUUGGCAAUUGAAACAGACCGAAACCAAUUGCGAGAUGUACCGAGCGGUUAUGGAGGAGGUGGCUCGCUUCUUUGAGCGAUACCAGUUGCAGCAACAGCUCCAGCAGACCCAACGCAAUGGAGAGCAGAUUGCCCGCUCCAAGAGUCUGCAUCAUGUCCAUGGAGUGGGCAACAGCUCCCUGCAGAGCGAUGCCCGGGAUGAUGACGCCUCCAGUGGCGGAUCCGCUUCAUAUCUACGCGCCCGGAGCAGCACCAAUUUGAUGUUGAAUAAAUCAAUGCAUGCCAUGGAUGAGGAGCACAAUUACGAGACGAUUGCACCAGCUGGAAGCUAUAAUGCCUUCAAGGAUUUCACAUGGCGUCGAUCCCCGAAGAAGUCCGGAGGCAGUGGUGGUUGCAAGUCGCGUCUAUCGGCUCCGGAGGUAGCCGAGGAAAAGCUUAAUCAGGAGGCCUUUCGUUUGGCCAGAACCAUAAGGAAUCUUUUGCACACCUCGGAACAGCAACCAGAUCUCACGCAGCCGCGCCACUCGCUCGCUUCCAUUUCAUCGCUGCCCUCGGGAAAUCACCGUCUAUGCAAGGGAAAAACCAGUUCGGUGAUGACACUACUGACGCCACCAUUGCACAAUUCCACCAGCAUCAUGAGUGCCACACUGGAGACUCCGUCACCGGGCGGGAAAUCAAAUGCGGAACUCAUCUUUCUGCGGGCCAACAACAUGCGCGACUCGAGGCUAUCGUUGCGCAGCUCCACCGACAGUUCGGUGCAUUCCACCAUCUCCUCGACGGCAUCCUCCUCCUCGAAAGUGGAAACGGAUGAGGAGACGCAGACACAGACCACCGCCAGCAACACAGCCAUCAGCAAUAGCAAUAACAAACCCACCAGCAAUAAACAGAGCGGUUCCAGUACCGAGGAUGAGAGUGGCUUCAGUUCGAUUAGCUCCUUUCACGAUGUCGGCUUGCCCCUGAGUUCCACCUUGAUGAAUGGAAACCAGCGACGCCUGUCCAUGUCCUCGGACAGCAGGAACUCCACACUAAAGUCCGGCUUAAAUAUGGUGGGUCUGCCCAUGCAAAACCAGACUCAAGUUCAAGUACAGGUUCAAGCUCAGAUAUCCACCGCUCCAUCGCCCUCGAAAACCUACCGCAAUGCGAAUCGCUACCAGCGCUUCUCCACUUUGUCCAACGAGGAUGCAGCCGCUGUUUUAUGGGUCUAGACGGGGGCAUGAUUCACUUUCAAAACCAGUUAAUUUAUUAACGUAUUUCUAAAAAAUUUGAGAAUCUUUUCUAAUAUGGUUACGAAAACCGUGCUUUUUUAUAUUUUGUACGCCCCGUAGCUGUUUCGAUUUGUUUUCUCUAGUGCCUCCGCUUAGUGUUUAAUUGAUCAUUGGAAUAGAGUGCAUACAUUUUCAUUUUGUAUGUUAUUAUUUUGUUUAAGUACCAAGCGCGCAUUUCUAUGUUAACAAUAUGUAAAUUGAUUUGUCUUAAGUUUUGCAGUAUUUAUAAAUGAAUAAAAAUAAUUUAUAUUAAAAAAAAAAA